CAUCCUCUUGCAAUAAAGCAAAGUCGUCGUCCCCCAAAUUCUCUCUUUUCUCCCUCUCUGAGUUUUUCUUGGGAAAGAAAAGCUCAGCUCUCGUCUUGUCUCGUCUCGUCUUUUUCACAUUCAUAAACAUCACCGAUACACUUUUCUUCCUCACCAAUCACUACUCACUCCCCCCACCCUUCACGCUCUUUUCCUUUUCAUCUUUUUUGAGCUUUCUUGUCUCCUCUCCAAUGGCGGCUACCCCCUUCACUGUUCACUCUUUUCUAGAUCACGGUUUUUCAGACACUAGCUACCUAUAAUAAUGAUGCCUUAAAAGACCCAGAUCUUGGAGAGAAAAUCAAAGCAUGGUUAAUUCUUCUUGAAGUAAAUAUAUAUAUAUAUAUAUAUACACAUGUACCCAUAUAGAGGGUUACUACUGUAAAUGGAAGAGCUGUACCGGGUUGAUAUGGGCACCAGCGGGCGUAUGGUGAGAUCGGGUGAGAUUAAUUAUGGAGCAAGUAGUAGUGACCGUCAGUGCCUGCAUAUUAGGUCUUCUGCGGAGGAGGAUUCAAUGCUUCAAUUCCAAGCUGCUCACGUCCAUGGAGGUUCGCGCAUGUCUGAUCUCGUCAAGACCCAGAUCGCCACUCACCCUCGUUAUCCUCACUUACUAUCUGCUUACAUUGAAUGCCAAAAGGUCGGGGCACCGCCAGAAAUGGCGUCUGUGCUGGAAGAGAUCAACCGAGACAGCCAGUACCACUACCCCAUUAGUUCUUCUUGCAGUAAUAUUGAAUUAGGAGCUGACCCCGAACUUGAUCAAUUCAUGGAAUCAUACUGUGAGGUUUUGCAUAGAUACAAAGAGGAGUUAGCAAAGCCGUUUGAUGAAGCUACCUCGUUCUUGAGCAGCAUUGAAUCAGAACUAAGUAAUCUUUGCCAAGGAUUAACAUUACCCAAGUCUUUGGAUUAUCGCUCUGAUGAAGGAGGUGGAAGCUCAGAAGAAGAACAAAGUGUUGGAGAGAUAGAAUUAGGAGCAGCAGAUCAAUCAUAUCAAGAAUCGUCAGAUAAGCUGCUGAACGAUCAAGAUAUCAAAGGAAUGCUUCUAAGAAAAUACAGCGGAUACCUCAGCAGUCUCAGAAAAGAGUUCUUGAAGAAAAGAAAGAAGGGUAAGCUCCCAAAAGAUGCAAGAACGACUUUGCUGGAUUGGUGGAACAACCACUACCGUUGGCCUUAUCCCACGGAAGACGAGAAAUUAAAGCUGUCGAAGACAACUGGUUUAGACCAGAAGCAGAUAAAUAACUGGUUCAUAAACCAGAGGAAAAGACACUGGAAACCUUCUGAAGACAUGAGAUAUGCUCUCAUGGAAGGUGUCAACACCGGCACGGGAAUGGCGGGAGCUCUUCCGAUUUACUUUGAUACCGAAGGAGCUGGUGAAAAUGGAAACCAAUCAUGAUGAUGAUGCUUGAUUAAUUUUCUGCUAUACUUUUGUAUAUCUCUUUUCCACCACAUCAUUAUAGUUUGUUUACUAAUAAUAACAAGAAGAAGAAAUUCGUAUGUACGUAAGGUAUUGUUAUAUAGCUACAUAUAGCCCAUAGGUUCUUCACUUAAACGUCGUAUGUAAAAUAAGUAUGCACGUAUACAUACAGUAUUAUAGUAUACUUAUAAUCAUACUGUAAUUCUUUCUAUUCUAUAUAUGUGUAUACAUUACUUUUAUUAGUUAUCUAGAUGUCGUAGUGAAGUAUAUGUACAAAGUUUUUAAACUUGAUGUACACCCAUGGCUUA